AUGCCUCUUUUUCAUUCGCGCCAAGAUGCGCCGGUUCAGCCGGUCGUCGAAGAGCCCGUGGCCCAAAAACACGGUCUCUUCCACAGCCGCCGCGAACCAGUUGCCGAGCCCGUCGUCGCCGCACCGACUGCCAAGAAGCACGGCGUUUUCCACACCCGCCGCGACCCAUCGCCGGCGCGGACCACCUCGACGACAUCUUCGGGCACCACUGGCGGCGGCGGCCACGAUCUGCGCAGCAAGCGCGGCAGCCUGUUCCGCGGCAGCCACGAUGACGGCGCCGUCGUCGUGGAGGACACGCACCGCAGCAGCCCGAGCCUGCUGCACAAGGGCCUCAACAAGAUGGGCAUGGGCGGCGCCGACGAGCGCGACCUCGACCCAAGCAUUAUCCGCGCGCGGGAGCACGUCAUGAGCGCCGAGGCGGCCGAGGAGCAGGCCGACAGGGCGCUGGACGAGGCCAAGCGGCGCGUCAAGGAGGCGCACGAGCACGUCCGCAGGCUCGAGGACGAGGCGGCCGAGGAUGCGCGCCGGGCCAAGAUUAAGCAGCACCACGCGGCCGAGGUGUCGAAGCGCGGCAAGGUGCUGGGACGCCACGGUCUUUGA